AAUUUGUGUGUGACCUUGCCUGUUUAUCUGUUAGAAUAUCAGUGUUUUUGUGUCAAUUUAUAUUAACUUUUUAUUAUUAUAGAUAUAAUUUUUAUAUCUGUUGCAAAUAUACUUUUCCAGUUUUUGUUUGGCUUUUUAAAACUUCAUGAAAAUACAAUAAAUUACACACAAAGUGCAAAAUUAGACAAAGUUGAACCUACACCGUCAGCACAAUCAAGACAAUGAACUUAUUCAUCGCCCCCAAAAGUUUUGACUUCUUCAUUCCCCAUCCCCAGGUGACCACUGAUCUGCUUUCUGACACUAAGUUUUUCUAGAAUUUAUGUUAGUGAAAUAAUAUAAUAUGUACUCUCAUUUUGUUGCUACUCUUUCACCAGGAAUUAUUAAUUUCGUGUUCAAUCACGUUGUUGUGUUUAACAAUAGUUCAUUCUCUUUUUCAUUGCUGAGUAGUAUUCCAUUGUAUGGUUUUGCCAAUUUAUUUAUUCAUUCCCCUGUUAAUGGACAUUUUGUUUCCAGAUCUCUGCUAUUACAAAUGAAUAUGCUAUGAGCAUAUUGUAUAAGUCAUGUACAAGUCUUCCUGUGGAUAUGUGCUUUUGUUGCUCUUGGAUAAAUAAUACCUAGUAGUGGAAUGGCUGGAUCAUAUAAGCCAGAAAAUGCAUGACACAGGAGAAGAUACACUCUCAUCUGUUCAGUGAGAGAUGUGCAAAUCAACAUCAACACAGAACUGCUGAAGAAAAAAAAUGUGUCUCUGAAAAGCAACUUAUUCACUGGAGAUGUGAGGAGCCAUCCACACAUCACAAUUCUAUAGACAUCAAAUGCAUGAAGCAUUUCGGAUCUGCUUUAAGACUGAGGCAAACUUUCCAUCUGGACACAGCCGACCAUCCAUGUGUCAUUACAAUGAAUUCAGCACUUCCCUGGAAGCUGGAAGGGUCAAAUUCAACUUCAGCUCUGCCGCUUGCUGCUUAACUUGCUGUUUAACCUUGGGCAAGCUGCCAUCCCACACGAGGCCAAAGGUGUCGGUUUUUAAAAUACAGAAAUUGGGUUCCAUGAGGGAUUAUCAAUAUACUGCUGGUCGGCCAAAUUCCAUCUGCUACUUGCCUUUGUAAAUAAAGUUUUAUUGAAACACGAACAUGCCCAUUAGUUUACUCUUGUCUAUGACUACAAGGGCAAAGUUGAAUAGUUGUUACAGAGACCAGGCUCACAAAGCCUAGGUUAUUUACUAUUUGCCCAUUUACAGAGUAAGUUUGCCAGCCCUGGACUGCUUAAUUUUUUGAGUUCUUUCUAAUUCUAGAAUUCUUUAUAUAUUUUAUGAAACCCCUAA